UGAGCCUCUGGAUACUCAACCUGACUCAGGUUUCUCUUCCUCUGGCCCCUGGUUUGUGCGGAGAUGCCGGGCGAAGGCUGCAGUGGGCAUUUUAGGCUGUGCUUGGCGACAGCUUUUGGACCAGAGUUGCGCUGUGCUGUGGCAAUCGACGCCUGGACUUCGAGCCUGUCUAGUUGUGACACAGAGAUGAGCUGAGGGGCCAGCAUCUAUCUCCACAACAAUGUCCAUGAACAAUUCCAAACAGCCAGUGUCUCCUGCAGCUGGGCUCUUUUCAAACACAACCUGCCAGAUGGAAAACCGGCUUUCAGUAUUUUUUUCAAUCAUCUUCAUGACAGUGGGGAUUUUGUCCAACAGUCUUGCCAUUGCCAUUCUUAUGAAGGCUUAUCAGAGAUUUAGACAGAAGUCCAAAGCGUCAUUUCUGCUUUUGGCUAGUGGCUUGGUAAUCAUAGACUUCUUUGGUCAUCUCAUCAAUGGAGCAAUAGCAGUUUUCGUAUAUUCAUCGGAUAAAGACUGGAUUCGAUUCAACCAAUCAAAUAUCCUUUGCAGUAUUUUUGGUAUGUGCAUGGUAUUCUCUGGCUUGUGCCCACUUUUUCUAGGCAGUGUAAUGGCCAUUGAGCGAUGCAUUGGAGUCACAAAACCAAUUUUUCAUUCCACGAAAAUUACAUCCAAACAUGUGAAAAUGAUGUUGAGUGCGGUGUGUUUGUUUGCCGUGUUAGUGGCUUUGCUGCCAAUCCUUGGACAUCGAGACUAUAAAAUUCAAGCAUCAAGGACUUGGUGUUUCUACAAAACUGAACACAUUGAAGACUGGGAAGACAGAUUUUAUCUCCUACUUUUUUCUUUUCUGGGCCUUUUGGCUCUUGGUGUUUCAUUCUUGUGCAACGCUAUCACAGGAAUUACACUUUUAAGAGUCAAAUUUAAAAGCCAGCAGCAUAGACAAGGAAGAUCUCAUCAUUUUGAAAUGGUUAUCCAACUCCUGGCCAUAAUGUGUGUCUCCUGCAUAUGCUGGAGUCCAUUUCUGGCAACCAUGGCCAACAUUGGAAUAAAUGGAAACCAUUCUCUAGAGACGUGUGAAACAAUACUUUUCGCUCUUCGAAUGGCAACAUGGAACCAAAUCUUAGAUCCUUGGGUGUAUAUUCUCCUGCGAAAGGCUGUCCUGAAGAAUCUCUACAAGCUCGCCAGGCGCUGUUGUGGAGUGCAGAUCAUCAGCUUACACAUUUGGGAGCUUAGCUCCAUUAAAAAUUCUUUAAAGGUUGCUGCUAUUUCUGAGUCACCAGUUACAGAGAAAAUAAAUUCACAAGCACCUAAUUUAAUUGGAUAGUAAGUCAGUGUAGGGCUAGAACAAAUUUAAUAGUUUUGGUCAAAUUUCAGUUAACAAGAUAAAGAUAUAUAUAUAUAUAUGUAUGUAUAUGUGUAUAUAUAUAUAUAUAUGUGCAGCCUAACUGGAAAAUUCAGACCUCAGCAUAUAAUUUGG